UGAACAAAAAUCUCCCAUUCGUAGGGAGGAUCAGCAUCGUAAGACAUAUUCCUUAUCCUAAAAUUCUACUUCCAGAACAAACGUGACACCUUCCCAACCCCAACCGUUAGUUCUCUUCACUGGUAAGGUUGGUUUCCUAUAUUUUGGACAUUCGACAUCGUACGUAGCCCGAGCACAACUGGUUGGGAGACUGCGAGUCACGCCACUCUGAACAUUCCUCUUCCUAUUUUUGAAUUUCAGUUGGAGUUCGCUUCUGAUGUCUGUUCCUUGGCGAGCUUUCAGCAGCCUCGGCGCUCUCUCAAUGCCACACCGUUCUUUCGCGGCGCCUUACUCCGAAUUUAGAUUUCGUUGUUCUUCUAUGGCUGGAUAUCAAGAAACGUCCACGGAGCCCUUCGAUAUGGAGCCCAGAAGUGAGAUGAUCAAACCUAAACGAAGAAAGAUGAAGAUGGAAAAACCGAACGAUUUUGUUCCGAGAAAGGACGAGCAAGAACAAAAUAAAAAACAAGGAGAAGAAGAAGAGGAACGAAUUUCUAUUUCAAAAUUACAAGUGCCAAGGCAAAAGUACAUCCCCGUUUCAAAGGCCGAGCUGUUAGACGCCAUCGUUUCGAUGAUGUUCGAGUCGCAGAAAGAUGGAGAUGAUUCUCAUGAGUUUCUUCUUCUCUCAUCGUGCUUGGACUCCAUUGUUCAUGCUGAACACAAAAUAAUUCUAGAAGAAAUGCGUACUGAUUAUUUCUUUGCUCAUUCAACGGGGAAAGAAGAAACAUUUAAUGAGGGUUCAGAUAGUUCAGACAGACAAUCUGUUACCAAUGAGGAGGAGUUGGACAAUGCUGGAGAUGGCAUUAAUGGAGUUGGUAGCUUGGAGGGAUAUGAGAAUGAAGAUAUUGAACUUGACACACCUAUAUCAUUCAUUCAUGGUCUGGACUUGAGAAAUCUGUUGGGCUCUUUGGACAAAAAUGUAAAGAAAUAUUCUGAUAGUGGAUCCAGAUUCCAUCUCUUCUUUCAACCCAUGUUUAUGAACUUUUGGCACAGUCAACUCCAUAGAUUAAUGAUUACGACAACAAUGGCCACAGCAAUGGCUUUGGCUACGGUUCACACAGAUGCAGGAGAAGAAAAGAGAAAGAGAAGGGAAUGGCUCACACCAUUUCGUAAGGCAGUUGCGAUUGCCACUCGUUUCCAGCGUAAUUUCAUGCAACUUCUUUAUGAUGCCCAGUUUGAAGAGCUAUCAGCCAGGGAUCUGAUGUUGACAUCUGCCCUCAACACAGAUUAUCUCCUUACUUUACCAAUAUAUGUUGAUUGGAAGAAAGCAUCUGAAUCCAACGCAAUAAUAUUCAGGCGGGGAUAUGCAACUGAGAGGCAGAAGGGCCUCCUUAUUGUGGAAAAACUUGAUUACAUACAGUCAAAACUUCUGCGAGGACUUUUCUUCAUAAUAUCCAAGCCGUUAGGGAAACUUGGCAGCUGGAUAGAUGAGGCACUCAAAGUUGCCAUCCAGACACAAGAAGUACAAGAGUGGACAAAGAGAAUGAAGCUUUGGCUUGAAGAACUUUCAGUCUUUCCGCAAUUAUUACGUUAUAGUCAAAAUGCUUCUGAUGAUCUGCCUGGAGUACAGCAAUUAUCAGACAGGGACCUUCCUAUUUGGCUAGCAGCACAGAGGGCAGUAAGUCGUUACGAAGGGAUUUUGUCACCAGUUGGUCCCCGUGGAAGACUCCUGAGAAAAUUGCUUUCAUGGAUUGGAGUAAUCCCGGCUACACCUGAAGUGCCAUAUGAGAGUGAUAGUGAUAGUAAUGCUUCCGAACCUUACAAGAGGCCUAUUUUUUUGUCAAGGAUAUCACUUAGUGAUAUCUGGAGACCAGCUAAAAGGAAAUACUGUGGCAACAAUUUCUGGAAGAUGUUUCAAACUUCCAUUUCUAUUCUUUUCUCACAGUCAAUUCUCCAGGAGCCAGCAUUCCAAGAAUUGAUUUUACUUUAUACCAAAGAAGAUAGCAAGGGCGAUCCUGAAAUUAGAGAUGAGGUUUCAUCAUUGCAGUUAAAGAUCUAUGAAAGAAUUCCAAUCCCGGAUUUACCAGUCGUCUUCCCCCACAAAAAGCUCUCUUUCCGUAUCAUUGACACGGUACGCUUGGAUGCUGCCACAGUAGUGGGACUUUUGGCAUUCUUCAUAAACUACAAGUUUGAGGACGUCUUAUCUUCCCCAUCAGCAAUACUUCUUGAUGCUGUUGCUAUCAGUGCUCUUAUAAUUUAUGUGACUCGUGUGGCUCUAGGAUACAAGCAGACAUGGGAUAGGUACCAAUUACUGGUGAACAAGACACUUUACGAGAAAACCUUGGCCAGUGGCUUUGGCUCAGUGCAUUUUCUUUUGGAUGCUUCUGAACAGCAGCAAUACAAGGAAGCCAUUUUGGCCUAUGCAAUCCUUCUCAGAGCAGAGAAAGGCCAGGUCCCUUGUUGCCGAAGCAUUGGAGACAAAUGUGAAAGAUUCAUGUAUGAUGCUUUUAAAGUAAAGGUCGAAAUGCCAAUUGACGAGGCUAUUGAUACCUUGAUGAGGCUUGGCCUUGUAACUGAAACUUCUAUCGAUGGAAGUAACAGACUGCAGGCUGUUCCCUGUCCUAAGGCAUACGAGGGCCUUAAAGAACGAUGGAAUGGUUUGCUCAGAUAGUUCGAUUGUUAAUAUCUAGGGUCAAUUUUCACACUAGCUUCUACGUAUGAAAUUUUUGUAAAAUAUAUUAGAAAUGAUGGUCUGCUUCUUCUUUUUCUUUUUUUAUUAUUUCAUUAAAGGUAUUUGAAUUUUGAAGUUUGUUUUAUAGGAGAACCAGAAGUAAAUUUCUCAGUGGGUAUCCUAUGAGGCACGGGUACUACAUACCAUAUGAUAUUGUGGUACUAUUGAAAGCUCCGGAGUCAAAAAUUUCGACCUCCGUUAGUUUGCCACUUUGCUCUCAAUAGGUUUGCGACUUUGGAAAAGCAUUCAGCUCAGAUUGGGGCGCACACACCAUGAAACCAUGAUGGUAACCAGCAGAAGCCCCCAAGUGAAAAAAUCCAUUCUCAUAGGUUUUCAACUUUGCUCUCAAAAGGUUUGAAACAUUGAAAAUUUGUGACCAACUCAACUCAAGGGAUGGGGAGAACAUACCACGAGAUUAUGGACUGGUGAAACCUUCGGACUCAAAAAGUGCAACCUUGCGUGCUAGCAACUUUGCUCUGACUAGGUUCGAAUCUUUGGAAAAGCAAAGUUCCACAAUUGUGACGACUAUACUGUAACACCUAGACCCCCCUAGAGUAACAGUAAAAUGUGGAUUUCAAAAAGAAUAAUGUUAGUCUGCCCUUCUAUUUUGUUCACUUAUUUUGACUGCUCAUGUAUUUAAUUUUUUUUCUUUUAUUUAUUGAUUAAAGAAGUGAUUAUUAA